GGUUUCUGCGUAUAAAAACACGUGACAGUAUCGCCCAACAUUCCUCUGAAGUGUCGCCCUGAUUCACGACUCUGCGGUGGCGUUGUCCUGACAAGGGGUGCAACUCUAGCUAACAUGGAGCGGCAACAUAUAGCGUCUAAGUUCCCACUCAAGGUGGAGCUGCACGUGCACAUGGAUGGUGCGGCCAGACACCAGACAAUCGUGGACGUUGCGGCGUCCCGGGGACUCAUCCCCCACUGCCACACCGUCCAGACCCUGAAACAGCAGAUCGUUAUUUCAAAACCCUCAACCCUCGACCGCCUCCUGCAAAGCUUUGCCACCUUCUCGCCAGUGUUUGCUGGUAGUCGGGAUGCCGUGUAUCGACUGGCCUAUGAGUUCUGUGAGGACUGCUCCCUGCAAGGCAUCAAGUAUGUGGAAGCCAGGUACUCGCCACACCUGCUUGCUAACACGUUUGAGAAGCCAGUGUACGCCCCGGAGCCCGGCAACUUUUCCCCGCGCGACGUCGUGACGACGGUCGGCGAAGCACUGCAGCAAGGGACACGUGACUUCAACAUCCAGGUGAAGGAAAUCCUCUGCUGUAUACGCAACUUUCCAGAAUGGUCGCUGGAGGUGGCUAGUUUGUGUCGGGAGUUCCGAAGCAGUGUGGUUGCUAUUGACGUCGCUGGUCCUGAGUUCCUCAGCGGCAAGGACGCCACGCAGUGCCCCCAUAAACUAGCGUUUAAGGAAGUUGAGGACGCGGGAUUACAUCGAACAGCACACGCUUCAGAAGUUAGGUCUUCAGUGAUGAUGUAUGAGGCUCUCGAUGAGUACCACGCUGAAAGGAUCGGCCACGGCUACCGAAGUCUUGAUUGUGACAAGAUGUACCAAAGAGUACUGGAAGAAAGAAUUCAUCUGGAAACAUGUCCGAUAUCGUCAAUCUUAACCGGAGGUGCUCCGAAUGGGAAGAGCAACCACCCUAUAUUGAGGUUCGCCCAGGACAAAGCCAACUUCUCACUGAACACCGACGACCCUACAGUCUUGGACAACACCCUUACAGACGACUACAUGACGGCGAAGGAAUUUGGCUUGUCAGAUGAUCACAUCACACAAUCGGUUAACAUUUCAACUGUUACUGACACUAGAUUGUGUGAUAAAGCCUUACACCCAUGGUGCACGACCUAACUUAUGGAUACCCAUGAUAUUCAAUGCAGCAAGAUCAUCCUUCCUCCCUGAUGCGGAGAAGAAACUGCUGGUGUCGGAGCUGGUGAAAGUGUAUGGUGCCCAGUGGUGAUGGAAGUCAUUCCUUGUCACCCCCAGACAACCAGCCUGUGAAGGAGGGCCACGUGGGACUGGGGACAUGGGUUGGGAGGGGCCAGGUAUUGGGGAAGUCAAGGUGUGGAGCUUACAGAGGGUGUGAGGGGCGUCGUGUGGUGGGAAGGUGGAAAGAAUGUUGAUGGUAUACCUAGUCAUUAAUAACUGUCCAGCAUGUUACUCCAUGUAUUCAAGACUUGUAUAGUUUAUAUCGACUUCAUGUGUAAUGUUUGAGUUUUGUGAAACUAUUGUCCCUUGGGGACUUGGGGUAGGCUUUGACACACAAGGUGGAACGCCAUGAUAUAACUGGAACUCUGCUAGAAGCGCCGUUAAAACACAACUCACUCACUCACUUUGUGUCACGGCGUGUCAGCUAAAUGUGUGAGGAAAGCCCGAAGUGAUGCGGGUCUUAGACUAAACACACGAGCACGAGUAUGGUGCUGACAAACAUAAUCGGUGCGAACCGGGAUUCGAACCUACAAACUAUGCUUGUCGUAAGAAGCGACUAACGGGAUCUGGUGGUCAGGCUCGAUGGCUUGGUUGAUGCAUGUCAUCGUACCCAAUUGCGUGGAUCGAUGCUCAUGAUGUCAAUCACGUUAUUGUCUGUUUCAGACUCGAUUUACAGACCGCCGUCAUGUAGCUGAAACAUUGCUGAGUGCGGCGUUAAACAACAAACAAACAAACCCCACAAGCAUAGGUUUCUGGCGUGCCCAAGGGACGCAACUCUGCACAGUAACAGCAACUCUACUAAGCGAGUUGCGGCGCCUUAGACAACUGGGCCACCCGUCUCACCCUGCAACGGGUGGAAGUGAUCAUCUAAUCAAACCUGAUAAUCACCGACAGACUGACACUGCUUAUGUCUAAUAUGCUUUUAUGAACGAAUAAAUUGUUGUGUUUAAUUCAAAUACAUAAGGUAAA